AAGAUGGGGAAGAAGAGUCGAGUAAAAACUCAGAAGUCGGGUACAGGAGCCACAGCAACUGUAUCUCCAAAGGAAAUGUUGAAUCUAAUUAGUGAGUUAUUGCAAAAAUGCAGCAGUCCUACCCCAGGUCCUGGUAAGGAAUGGGAAGAAUAUGUACAGAUUCGUUCACUUGUUGAGAAAAUUCGCAAAAAGCAAAAAGGUCUGUCAGUUAUCUUUGAUGGAAAAAGAGAUGACUAUUUCCCUGAACUGAUAAAGUGGGCAACUGAAAAUGGAGCAUCCACAGAGGGUUUUGAAAUAGCUAACUUUGAAGAGGAGGGCUUUGGUUUGAAAGCAACAAGAGAGAUAAAGGCUGAAGAGUUGUUUCUAUGGGUUCCUAGAAAACUGUUGAUGACAGUUGAGUCAGCUAAAAAUUCAGUAUUAGGAUCUCUGUAUUCUCAAGAUCGAAUUCUUCAAGCCAUGGGCAAUAUAACACUGGCAUUCCAUCUUCUCUGUGAGAGAGCCAACCCCAACUCUUUCUGGCUGCCCUACAUCCAGACACUUCCCAGUGAAUAUGACACACCUCUCUAUUUUGAAGAGGAUGAAGUGCAGUAUCUUCAGUCAACUCAGGCCAUACAUGAUGUUUUUAGCCAAUAUAAAAAUACAGCUCGACAGUAUGCCUAUUUCUACAAAGUUAUUCAGACCCAUCCUAAUGCCAGCAAACUGCCCUUAAAGGAUUCUUUCACUUAUGACGACUACAGAUGGGCAGUUUCCUCUGUUAUGACACGACAGAACCAGAUUCCAACAGAAGAUGGUUCCAGAGUUACAUUGGCUCUAAUACCUCUAUGGGACAUGUGUAAUCAUACUAAUGGACUGAUCACUACAGGCUACAAUUUAGAGGAUGACCGGUGUGAAUGUGUCGCGCUUCAAGAUUUCAAGCCUGGAGAACAGAUUUACAUUUUUUAUGGCACUCGGUCAAACGCUGAAUUUGUGAUCCACAGUGGUUUUUUCUUUGAUAAUAAUUCACAUGACAGAGUGAAAAUAAAGCUUGGCGUGAGUAAAAGUGACAGGCUGUAUGCUAUGAAGGCAGAGGUCUUAGCUCGUGCUGGUAUCCCCACUUCUAGUGUUUUUGCCUUGCACUCCACUGAGCCUCCAAUCUCUGCCCAACUUUUGGCUUUUCUUCGAGUGUUUUGUAUGAAUGAAGAAGAGUUGAAGGAGCACUUGAUAGGCGAGCAUGCCAUUGACAAAAUCUUCACUCUGGGGAACUCUGAGUUUCCCAUUAGCUGGGACAACGAAGUUAAACUUUGGACAUUCCUAGAAGCCAGAGCAUCCCUUCUUUUGAAAACCUAUAAAACAACUGUGGAGGAUGAUAAGUCCUUCUUGGAGACCCAUGACCUUACUUCACAUGCAGUAAUGGCCAUCAAAUUGCGCUUGGGUGAGAAAGAGAUCUUGGAGAAAGCAGUAAAAGGUGCAGCUGCAAGCCGAGAGUAUUACAGCAAACAAAUGGCAGAUGUAGUUCCGCUUCCGAAGUAUGAAGAGAGCAAUAUUGCCUUGUUGGAGAACACUGUGGCAGACUCUAGACUCCCUAUUGUCUUGAGAAACCUAGAAGAUGUGGAAGAGCAAAGGGACUUAAAGAUUGAUGAAGCUAUUGAUGCUGAAGUCACAGAGAAUGGGUUUGUAAAUGGUGAAAACUCUCUGUUUAAUGGGACCAAAUCAGAAAGUGAAAAUUUAAAUAAAGAGAAAAGUAACAGAGAGACUGAAGAUGCCAAAGAAUCUUCUUCAGAAAGUACUGAUGAGGUUAAAUAAUAGUCCCAAAAUUUUACUUUCUUGCGAAAUUAAAUUAGCUGAAGUUUA